AUGUCCGAGGAGUCCAUGCUUUCCUCGUCCGCUGAUCUCGAGAAGAACAGUCGGUCAAUUAAGUACGGCAUCGUAAAACCUGUCACAAAUGUAGCCAGCCGUUCUCGAUCGACUUCUUCGCCGCCGUCGGGCGACUCUGCGUACGACAAAGGUUCGUCGGACGACAAGUACGAGAAAUCUGCCUCGUCGUGGUGGUCGUGGUCAUGCUGGGCCGUCUCGUCUGAAAAGUUAUAA